AUGAGGGAGAGAAAAAAGGCGCUGGCAUCUACCAGCUCGUCAGCCAAGGGCCAUAUUGAAAAGACCAGAGCCUCAGAAAUAUCAAUUAUACCCACAGAAAGAGAUCUUUCAUCAUUACCGCCGCCUUCAUUUGCAGAAUCCGAAUUCCAUGAGAUACAAAAGACGCAAAAUACUCGUAAGCAAAACUUGCUGAAAUGGUCUGACGUGCCUUCCCGGUACCCAAAUCUGAGCAAUGCUUGGGAAUUUGCAGGAUGGGGAAGCACCUAUUACAUGGAGAUCGAACAAUCCGACAUCGACGUAUACCAUCAAGAACUCUCAAAGAAAUCCACCAUUGGACAGUGGCGAGCAACAUCCAUUGCAGGCAAUGAUUUGAUUGCUUCUGUGCUCUACUCUAUCGGCCCCUGUGUUGUACAAUCAGGCAAAUAUGCUCCGAUCUCCAUGCUGUUGGUAGCACUGUUAAUGUAUCCCAUGAAGCGCAUCAUCACAGAAGUUGCGACUGCCAUGCCCUUGAACGGCGGCACCUACAAUGCCAUGCUAAACUCGACCACCAAAACAACGGCUGCUGUCGCUGCCUGUUUCUCUAUCUUGGAUUAUCUCGCUACGUGUGUUGUCUCUGCAUCUACGGCCAGUGCGUACUUGGCAGCCGAGGUUGUGUUACCAAGCAGUCUGACACCGUUUGCCAUCACUAUCAUCAUCUUGAUUGGGUUCUCCAUGAUUUGUUUGUUGGGCCUGAAGGAGUCAUCUACACUGACAUUGUCGAUCUUUACUUUGCAUGCAAUGACCAUGGCUGUGGUGAUGGUGACCAGUAUCAUCAUGUGGGGAAAAGGAGGUAGCCAGACAUUGAUUGAUAACUGGACUAGUAUCCCUGAUCCAGAAGGUUCGAAUCCUGCCCAUUUGAUUUUCAAUGGUUUCUGUAUAGGUUUGCUGGGCGUUACAGGCUUUGAGUCUGCCGAAAACUACAUUGAGGAUUUGAAGCCUGGUACCUUUCCCAAGGUGAUGAACAACAUGCUUGGAUUCCUGCUAGCCAUCAAUGCGCCCAUGACGCUGCUAGUCACCGUGUUGGUGCCUGUGCCUAUCAUUCAAGCCAAUGCAGCCAAUGCCGUCUCUGUGUUGGGAGAAUACGCUGCUGGAGGAGGACGCUGGUUGCGAUUAUGGAUCAUGAUUGAUGCUGUCAUUGUGCUUUGUGCAGGCGUGCUCACAGGCUUGAUAGGAGCCAUUGGUCUUGUGCAGCGUAUGGCCUCGGAUGGCAUCCUUCCCAAAUUCUUCUUAAAGCGCAAUCGAUUUACGGGCUCUUAUCAAUACAUUGUGCUCGUCUUCCUGGUACUCAGCAUUACCCUGUACGCCAUUACAGGUGGAGACACGAGUUCAUUGUCGGGUGUAUUUGCUGUAGCGUUCCUUGGUAGUCUUUCUACCUUUGCCGUAGCCAAUAUCAUGAUCAAAUACAAACGUGGUCGAUUACCUCGCGUUAACAAGGUGUCUCUGCUCACCGCCGUCAGCACAUUCUCGGUUUUAUUGGCCAGCUUGAUUGGUAACAUUAUCAUUGAUCCAAUGAUUGCUGAAUAUUUUGUCAUUUACUUUGCUGUGGUGUUGGUUGUGGUGCUUGCCAUGUUGAAACGUUGUUGGCUCUGGAAACUAUGCUAUUGGCUGUUUGAUCAGAUGGGCUUGUUGCAUCGCUAUCCUCACUUUUCAGAAAAGGUGGAAAACUUUAUUGUGAGACAGAUCAAACGUAUCCGAAAGAAUCCAGUAGUGUUCUUUCUCAAGACAGAUGAGCCUCAUGUUAUGAAUAAGGCGAUACAGUACAUUAAGAAGAACGAAGAUGCCGGUCAGAUCAAGUUUAUCCAUUUGUAUCAAAACUCCAGUGAUAUCCCCGAGGAUUUGGAAGCACAUCAUCGCACGUUGGAUGAGAUCUACCCCAAGAUCCAGAUUGAUCUUAUGUUCAUUCAAGGUGAAUUUAACCCUGCUACAGUGGAUGCCAUCUCAAGACAAUUAGAUAUAUCAAAAGCACAGAUGUUUAUGGCUUGUCCAGGCAAAGAGUUUAGUUAUUCGCUGGGAGAUUUCGGUGGUUUACGUAUCAUCAUGUUUUAA